CGAUUGGCAGUUAUCCACGUGGGUCGAAGAAGCACGUAGAUCCGUUUCGAUGAGCAAAAAUCCGGUGACACGGCUUAUUUCGCUCAUCCCAGAUGGAAAUAAACGAUAAAAAAGGUAAAAACGUUUGAAGGCUUGGGUCCGGAUUGAGCGAAUAGAGAGGACAAUGCCGUCGAUUCGGUUUUCACGUAAAGGACGUCGUUGAUUAUAAACGUUGCGAGCGCAUGUGUACAGUCGUAUAAAAACAUAUAUACGUUGUAUUGGAAACGGCUCUCGUGUUACGUAUAAAUACUCGUCUGCGGGCAGGAAAGUCUCAGUUGGUCUCGGUUGAACUGCGAACGAGAGGCUCGGUGUAAAAUCCGCCGUGUCCUCUAAAAAAAUACCAAAAAUAGCGCAAAAUUCAAGUGCACUGGUAAAUUUGAAGGGGUGAUGAAAAAUAUCAUGGCGACAAGUUCUUCCAAUAGGCGAGCAAAAAAAGUGGUGUAAAAUAAAGAUAAUGUUCAGGUGUCAUAAAAGCCGGUGAGCGAAUUUCGAUUUUAAAUAAAUUUCGUUUUCUGCGAAACGACGAAGAGAAAAAAAGAACAAGAAGUCUGAGAAGGUAAAAGUGAAAAUUAUGAGAACCGUGGCUCGUGGUGUUUCGAGCAAACUGUUGCUUCGUCUAUUGAUGGUGCUGACAAGCUUGGACAGUUUUUCGGCUCGUUCAAAUCCGACGUUAACGACUCCUCCUACGAGUUCGGUAAAAAAUGAAUCGGGAAUCGGCAACAGAGUAAACCUCUUACGGUCGCUUGACAUAUCCCGCAAGUUUGGGUGCAACGAUCCUCAAGCACGUGCUUAUAAUCUUCGCGAUUUGAUGGAACGGUUGGAGCUCCAUGGUCCCGGUGAAAGCACGAAUCAGCCUCCUUACAUGGUGGUUAAAAGAUGCGACGGUCAUUCAGGCUGCUGCUGGAGUCCUGACAUGGCCUGCACGUUGAUCGACAACUCAACCUAUUACGAGGACAUUGAAAUUGAAGUUUGGAGUUUACUCACUAAAAAAAGUCGGAGACAGUGGAUAAGGGUCGAACAACAUGGCAAAUGUAGCUGCGAAGUUAUGAAUUCCAGUGACAGAGAAAGGCUCAAAUUCGAGAAACCGAAUGUUACGCUUCUUCGAUAAAUACGACGAAAAAAAAUAAUAAGUUAAAGACACAUAUUCGAGUCAAAUUCACGUAUGAUCGGAACAAUUAUUUGCUAGAUUUUCGAUCGAGCUUUAGUUUAUACGCGAUAAAGUUAUUAUUGGAAAUAAUGUAACGUGACAAAAUGCGGCUGGUCCGUGUAAAGUAUACAUAUUGGAAAUAAUCUUCAUAGUCUCGUGGGUGAGUGUGCUCUCCUACGAGCGGGACAUUCCUCGUUUUAUAAAUAAACCAUGUGAAUAUCGCCAAAGAAUUUGAAAGCUUCGCUGGCGUUACUCGACUUCCAACACUUUCGCUACAGUGAUUUUCGAGUAGAACAAAAAGCGGCGUAAAGGAAAGGAACAACGCAUUUGUAAAACUGAAUAGAUCGAAGGUGGAAACGAUUUUUUCUAACUGUAAAAAAAAAGAACGUUUUUGAACGACGGUGAAGUGAUUUUUGUGCGUGUGCGAGAACGUAUUAAAAUUGAUCCGAGUUUCUCUUACGUUAGGCCGUCGGUGAACGGUGGGCGUUGGAAAAAAGAGCGCGAGCUGGAUCCGGUGGAGAUACCUUAAAUCUUGGCGAUUGAGCCAAAAUUGUUCUUCGGUCGCUCGUUUAUGCACAGACACCAUAAAUUCUGACAUCAAUUCCAGCACACCUGCUGUGAAUCCUCACUUUUCAGGAAGCGUUUCCUCCCUUAUUCUUUAGAGUCCUCCUAAGUAUCAAAAAAUCGACAUGGACCGGUCCCCUCCCUUUCCAGAGUCAUCUGAAAUAAGUACACGAUAUUGACGAUGAAAUUGUGAUAAUACUCAAACGAACGAGAAAAUCAGUUGGAAGCAAUUACAAUAGUGAAUAAUAUUUUUAGAAAAAAACUAAUGUCAAUUGAAAUUUUUCGUUUUCCAAUUACGUUUCUAAUUCGUAAUUUCGUAAUGUUAGAAAGAAAUUUGAAUAAUGUCUAUUGUGAUAUCAAUGAAAUAACUACAUUUCAAAACCAUUAUAUUCAAAUUGAUUUCAUGAAAUCAUUACUCCUACUUCAUAGUUAAUGUAUUUUUCUCUCAAUUGUUUGAUUAUCUUUGAACGUCUCUGAUGAUUGAGUCAAUUUCUAGUUUAACUUCAAAUAUAGCAAACAAUUGUGCGAAUACGUAUGUAUUAUUUACUUACGCCUGUAAAAAGCCUGUGGCCCCAUUAAUCUGUAAUUCUUAAAUGAACGAGAAGAUAUGAAAAAUUGAGUUUUUAGAUGUAAAAGAAACAUUUGUUUAGUUUAGAAAAAAAGAAAAAUUCUUCGAUUCUUGUGCGAUACAAAGUUUAUCGUCAAAUUAUAUACAUUCACUUUUUAAUAAUUAUUUAUUCAUUAAUGAUGACGAUGUCCAGUUAUUUCACAUACUGAAAUAGUUAUUUGUCUUAAACGCAUCUUUCGUUUGUUUAUUAUAAACUAAAUGGAAUCGCAGCAUUGAAAGAGAGUUCGUUCGAUUCGUUAAUCACGAGAUUGAGUCUCUUGGAAGAAUCUUCAUAGCGAAUAAGCGAUGAAUUUAUGGAUUACACAUUCCUAUCGCUCCUUUAUGUUUACGGUUAUUGACUGAAAUUGUACAAAUGAAACAUAUUAUUUGUAGGAAUUGUAGAAAAGUUGAAACAAACCAUCGACAAAUAUUGAUAAAAAAAGUUAAAUGAAGAAAAGAAGAAAUUGAAAGUCAGCAUAUGGAAUAAAAAUAUUUGAAGAAAUCAUUUGACGGCAUUUACUGCGGAACGGAAUGAGAGUCACUCGUUAUUCGAAUGUUUGGAAAAAAGUUUCUACGUAACUGAUGUAUCAUUCAGCAAAAAACACCAAGUAUAUCAUAUUCAUAUUUGCAUCCGUCAUCAAUGAUAAAAUCUUCAAAUUUCUCAUUGAUAUACGGAAUCACUAAAUGGUUCGAUGGUCUUCGUUAUAUUUUUCCGUCACGUGACGAUCACUGUCACAUGCUUUGCCAUUUAAAUAAAGUUUUUCACGAUGA